CCCCUUUUGCCUCUUUCUUUAUCUGAAAAAACCUCCCCACUUGCUGCUCUUGAUUGUGCAUUUUCUCGUCUCCGCUAUCAAAAAAACCCCCUGAAGCCACUCCCCACUCAGAGCUUGUGCAGUGCAUCUUAGCAUGGCGGGGUAGUAAAUAAAAGGGGACAAGGGGAGCUUGGGAUAGCAAGUUGGAGCAUUGAUGGAGCUCGUGAUGUGACCGGCUGCAUGAAUACUCUUCAGCUUCUUUUCCAUCCGUUUACAUCCAUCUUUUCUUCUUCUUUCAUACCUCUUUUCUUGCUAGAAUAAAAUACUCCUAUCAACAGCUACUACCUCUCAUCUCUCCUCAUACUAUCAAACAAUCGGGUAUACAUCCAUCUCUCACCGAUCAUCAACCUCCCCAAUCAUGGCCUCCUCCCAAGACGACCGCCUCAUCCUCCCCAUCAUCGACUCCCACAUCCACAUCUACCCCGAAUCAGAAAACACCAACCUCGCCUGGUGCUCCCCCGACCAUCCUCUGUCCGGCCAAUUCUCCGUCGACCAGUUCAAACACGCCACCCGCUCUGCCCCGUCUCUGCUGGGCUUCAUCUUCGUCGAGACAGACCGCAAAAACGACCUCGCCGCCAUCACAUCUGGCGAUGCCGAAGCCGGCUGGGAUGGACCCCUCAAGGAAGUCCGCUGGCUGAAGCGCGUCGCCCUCGGCACGCCUCUUGAAGGCGAGGGCCACUCUGCAGAGGACAAGUCGCUAUGCCUGGCCAUUGUGCCCUGGGCUCCCGUGCCCUGCGGAGAGGCGAUCUUGGAGAAAUACCUUGCAAGAGUCGAGGAAGAGGCUGGAGAGGCAUGGCCCAAGAUCAAGGGGUUUAGGUACCUCCUGCAGGACAAGCCGCACGGCACCAUGCUGGAGGACAAGUUCAUCGAGGGUCUCAAGUAUCUGGGCAAACGCGGCUUCGUCUUCGAGGUGGGCAUCGACCAGCACCGCAGAGGCCGCAAGCAGCUCGAGGAGACGGUCGAGAUGAUUGGACGAGCACACGAGGGCGUUCCUGACGACGAGAAGGUGACCUUUAUCAUCAACCACCUCUGCAAGCCCGACCUCACCGUCUACAACGUCUCCUCCGACCCCUCCUUCACCGCCUGGCGCACCGCCAUCUUCUCCCUCGGCAAAUGCGCACGCACAUACAUGAAGCUCUCCGGCGGCUUCGCCGAAAUGACGCCCGCCCUGCGCGACCAAGACCCUUCCCACAUCUUCCAGUCCACCCUCCCCUGGCUCGGCGUCGUCCUCGCCACCUUUGGCCCCUCCCGCAUCAUCUUCGCCAGCGACUGGCCCGUCUGCACCGUCGGCUUCGACAAGGACGAGACGGACGGCUCGCGCGAGGCCUGGCCCAAGUGGAAGGAGGUCGUCGAGAAGAUGUGCUGGAUGGCGUCGUUGGGUGAUGAGGAUCGCGCCAUGAUCUUUGGGGGCACGGCGAAGCAGGCGUAUGGGCUGUGAGGAAGAAGCGGGUUCUUGUUUUUGGUUCUUGUGCUUGAAUUUGUUAAUGAAAUAUGCGAAAUGAAAGUCUCUCUACCUAUGUAAUUGUAAAUAAAACACCAUUUAU